AUGCGCUUCAAAGAUCGUCGCGUUGUUGUGGAAAUCACUCCCGCGACCGAUGAACAACGUCGUGAACUGGAGACACAUGGCCUAAAGAUCAAUAAUCAUGCCAUCUUUGGUACUCCUGCAAUCCGCAAAGGCUCGGGUUUUCUGACAGUGAACCUGUACGAUCUGCCUCACGUCACUGAAACAAUGCUUAGUAGCUCUAUCCAAACUAUGCUUGGACCAUACAGCAAGAUUCUCGACAUCAGUCUUUUCCGAUCUGCCCAACACGGUUUUUUCAUGGGCCAAGGAUGUGUUUCUAUGGAUGUUACACACUCUGAUCAGCCAUUGUUCACACACACGUUGCCAUUCCCUGAUUUCGACGAUCAUUUCGUCUGCGCUUUUUGGGAUGGCUCUCCACCUUACUGUCGCAUUUGCCGUGGCGACACUCAUGAAAAGGAACACUGCCCUAAAGCCAAGUCUCGACAUGUUCAAGGCUGCUCCCGUUGCGGAAUCUAUGGUCAUACUCAGUCGUCUUGU